AUGGAAUGUCUGGACAAUGUGGUCAAUGAGCAGAGUACUUCCCCACCAGUGCCACACCUCCAUGCCUUGCUGACCAGUGGAGACGAGCCUCCCACACAGACAGACAUCUUUGACCUCCUCAAAGCCUCCUAUGAGAAAUUCAGCAGCCUGCGGGCCAGCGACACUGAGCAGAUGCGGUUUAACAGGCUGAAAGUGAUGCAGUCGUUGGAGGACACAGCCAAGAGGAGCGUGGUCUGAGCCAUACCUGGGGACACUGGCUUCUCCACUGAAGAGCUGGAAGACCUUUACAUGGUGUUUAAGGUAAGAGCCGAGAACAGGGACAGGACCUGUAACUGUGACCUUGUCUUCCUAGAGCAUCCUCAGCACAGAGGUUCCUGCCGGAAGAGAAGGGGUUUGGAAGCAUCCGUGCAUGCACUUGCUGUGAAGUCUAAGUGUCCUAACGAAACCACAGGAUUCAUCAGUUCUCAGGCUUGUCCAUCACACCGCAUUGCUGUUUGCAUAUGGGGGAGACUUGUAGUCUUCUGGAAAAAGAAAACAAAGAAGCAAAAACGGAGUGGGAUACAGCUGCUGCUGCUUUCAGUGAUCAAGUGGGGAAAUGCCCAGGCCCUCCUUGACGGUGGUGCCGGAGGGCAGAGCUCAGGGUCAGGCCAAAGCAGGAGGCUCCGUGCAGGGAACCAGAACCCGGGGCUGCUCCCGCACAAGCACAGGCUGGACCUCGGCAGAGGUGGGCUGCAGUCCCAGCUGGAGAAGAAUGUGCUCCAUGUUGUUAUUUCCUGGUUGGCAGAGGCACUACCACAGGAAGAUCGGGAAGGAAGCAGAAGCGAGGAUACCCAAGAAAAGCGAGCAGAGGAGAAGGGGACCAGCCCCCCAGACUACCGACUCUACCUUCGCAUGUGGGCCAAGGAAGAGGCUCAGAAGGAGACCAUCAAGGAUCUGCCCCAAAUGAACCAGGAGCAAUUCAUUGAGCUGUGCAAGACGCUAUACAACAUGUUCAGUGAGGACCCCCUGGAGCAGGACUUGUACCACGCCAUUGCCACAGUGGCCAGCCUCCUCCGCAUCAGUGAGGUGGGGAAGUUCUUCAGUCCCAGUGUCAAGAAGCCCACGGGUGGCACUCCCAGCAGGGACCAGUGCAGUUCCACCGAGGAUGAGUCCCCACUGCCAUCACCUGCAAGGGAAUCCCAUCAGGACCCAGUACAGGAAUGCCAGCUGACAGCCACGGGGGACCCCUGGACCAAAGCUGGUGGAGACACCCACCUUGGAAAAGUGCCACAGGAGAGACAGACGGUGGUAGAGGGGGGCAGUGGAGAGGGGCAGGGCUCACCCUCCCAGCUCCUGUCUGAUGAUGAAACCAAAUACAACAUAUCCAUGUCCUCCUACUCAGUGGUCAGCAUGGGCUCCCUGCAGUGUGAGAACCCCACAGCCACUGCCCGCAUUGGGAACACCAUGGACGCAGACUGGUGCAUCUCCUUCAAGCAGAUCCUGGCCUCCAUCCUGCCGGAGUCUGUGCUGGUCAACUUCUUUGAGAAAAGGGUGGACAUUGGACUCAAGAUGAAGGACCAGAAGAAAGUAGAGAGACAGUUGAGUGCCUCCAGUGAGCACGAGCCAUCUGUUGCUCUGGGCUGAGCCCCUUGGCUGAGUGAUUCUGGCCGAGGCCUCUGUCCCUCCCUCCUUCCCUUUGCAGUUUCUCAUUAAAGACACAGCCCUCCUGCUCCCCCUUGGAAGCAGUGAGUUGUAAGUGAAAGGAAGGCUGAUGCCAACACAGCUGCCUUAGAAAGAGUCUCUGGGCCUGCAUCCCCUAGCACAGGCCAGUCCUGGGAACCAGGAAUAAGUGGCAGCUCCUCCAUUCCUCUCUGCCUGUGGCCUGGGAAGGCAGGAGAGGACAGCCCAAAGCCUUGAGACCCUGCACCCACGUGGGAGACCUGGAAGAAGCUCCUGCCUUCUGGCUUUGCAUUGGCUCAGCUCUGGAUAUUGCAGCACUUGUUGAAUAAACCAGUA